UUUCAGAACAGCUGCUUGCUGUCUGUGCCAUUUGCCAAAGGAACCGACCGACCACCAAAAAUAUAGGAAACAAAUGUGGACUCUCAGGUGCGCGCCAGAGGCAAAACAAAACUUCAGUUUUUAUAACUCUUAAACAAAAUAUUUGAAAUCUUAUUCCGAUAUGAAAGAAUUGGACUUAUUAAAUAGUGUCUAAGCUGAAAACUCUAACGAAAAACGAUAAAAAGAACUACCAAUCAUUAAUACCAUAAUUGGAAACAUUUGUCUUGGCUUACCCACCGGAAAAAUUAAACAAGCUAUCAAUUAUAAAUGUAUGUAUUUAAAUAAUAGCUUUACUUUGAUGUAAUAAAUUACCUAUAAAUUCGGAAAAAUAAUUAUUCAAACUAAUUUAACGAUUAAACCAUUUUGCCUCGAAAACUUUGAUCAGUGUGCGCUGCAUUUGAAAUGAAAUGAAAUUGUCUUGGCUUAAUCAAGUGUUCGAAUUGAUUAGUGCGAGUACAUUGCAAUUGUACGAGGAUAGUGGUCGGUUCCUGCAUCAGUUUGUUGGCAAUCAGACGCAAGCGUUGAUUUUGUUACAAGAAACGUGGCGUGCUAACGUUCUGCACUGGGCGACUCUAUCGUAUCGACGCUUCAGUUCGACAGCAAUCGAAGCCCUGGAGCAUAUUAUUUACGUGUGUCUGGUGUACUUGCUAGUAUGCCUGGGCAUUUUUUAUACAACACGCAGCAACAGCCCAUUGUGGCGUUGGUGCAAGCUGAUCAACAAUGUACGCUUUCCAAGACAACACAAAUUGGAUCGUGUUUUACUGGUGACUUCACAUCCGGACGAUGAAUGCAUGUUCUUUGGCCCACUAAUAUACACAUUAACACAUCGUUCCAGCUGCCAAGUGUACGUGUUAUGUCUGUCCAACGGUAAUUAUGAGAAACAAGCGCAAUUACGACGUGAAGAAUUAUGGCGUUCAUGUGAAAUGUUGGGUGUUCCAGCAGCGAAUAUUAUAAUGGUGAACGCAACAAACCUUCCAGAUGACCCUAAUGUUGAAUGGAAAGCACCAGUUGUUGCUAAUUUAAUACUACACACCGUUGAAAGUCUAGAUAUUCAAGCGAUCUGUACAUUCGAUCGAGAUGGUGUGAGUCAACAUCCUAAUCACAGCGCAGUUUAUUUCGCAGCAGCGUCGCUCUGCUUAGCUAAUUUGUUACCAAAAGAAUGCAAAUUUUAUACGCUGGACUCCAUAAAUAUUUUAAGGAAAUAUAUUUCGAUUUUCGAUUUGCUUUGUACAUGCUGCAUUUCGUCAUACUGGUGUAUAUUGGGAUGGGAUGAGGCUGCACAAAUACGUCGCGCUAUGCGUGAGCAUAAAUCCCAAAUGAAAUGGUUUCGUUGGUUGUAUAUUUACUUUUCACGAUAUAUGUUCAUAAAUUCGAUGCGUGAGGUGAAUCUUUCGGACAUCGAAUUGGAGAUGCAAAUUGACGAUAAUGCCUUUUGAUUUGCAUCAACUUACAUUAGCUUUAAACAAUGCCGCAUACAGUCAGCCAGCCAAUAGUAAAAACUGAAUUAAAUCUAAAAAUAAAAUCAGACAAACCAGACGUACCACGUUGUAAUAAAAAUCUAUGUAUGAGUAUGUGUAGCAGCAAACACCGAAAAUGCUCCAACAACACAAAACUUAAAAGACAACACAUAGCGCCAGCAACAACAACCAUUGCAGCUGAAUAAAAACAUAAAUAAAAAAGCUUACAAGAACUAUUUCCACAUUUAUGAAAAGGUAUAACGGCAUGCUGCCUACGCCGGCUAAAAGCAAAAACCGAUAAAACAUUAAACAAUGUAAAAAAAAAAUAAUUAUUACGUGCAAUAGAUGGCCGGUGCAAAAAUACAUUAAAUGCCUAACUGCAAUAAUAAUUUUGGUGCUGCUACAACAAUGGCAAUAAUAAUGAUGAAAAAGAAGUUUAAUGACGAUGGUGUUGUCGGCAGAGUGCAACGAAUGUUCAGUGUCUGGCGCCGAAAACUUUUAGAAACAGAAAACCAAAACCUAGGGUAACAAAGGGAAUGUGAAGUCAUUUGACGGCGUGUGAAAACGCUUUGCCAACAAUAAUUGAUCAACAUGUGAACCUCUACAUACUAUUCGUACAUCUAAACAAUGUAAUAUAUGCGCGUAAAUUUUAAGUAUUGGGUACAUGAAAAGCCAAAAACACAUAUCUGAACCCAUUUUGUUUUGGUGUUCCCCACUUAAGUUGCUUUUCGUACUAUUAUUUAUGCACUCUUAGUAAAUCUAAUACUUAUUGCAAAUGGAGAACUUUUAUUCUCGGUAAUUGUGAUUAUGAGAUGUUAAUAAUGACGUUAAGUUUAGUGUAAUAAAUGAACAGCGAUCGGUGUAGCGUGGUAGUUAUUAUUUUAUUCGUUUAAUAUAAUUCAAUGAGCAAAGCCAGUUCUUCACACAAUAAUAAAUGUAAUCAAUAUCAUAGCACAUUCAUACGUAAAUGUUUACACGAAUUGUGUAUGUAUUUUUACCUAAUUGUAUAAUCUAUAAUUUUUAGCUUAAGACAGUUAAUAGGCUUUGAUUUUCCUAGAUUUGAGUUAGUUUGUUUAAAGCUAAAUUAAGUUGGAGAAAUAAUUUUAUUUGUUUGUAUGUCUGUACAUAAUGUAAUACAUAAAACACAUAGUUGUAACAACAGCGAAGCAUAUACAUACCAUAAAAAUAUAUAGUUAUUACAGAUAUACAUUAUAUAUUAUAUAGUGUGUAUAUUCAUUAAAUAUAUUUCUUAAAGUUUGUAAUUUUUUUUGUUAAUUUGGUUAUUGUUAUAUAAUAUUACCAUACUUCUCACAUAUUUAGCACGAAUAUACACAGCGAAGCAAUAUGUUUAAUUAAUUUUCUUUGCAUUAAAUUAAGCACUGAUAAAGCUUUUUGCAAUACCAAAACGUUAAAUGAAAAGUUUUGCCUA